AUGGCGGUGGGGGACUACCUGGCGACGGUGGCAGCGGAGCUCGUGAGCCUGGCGGUGGCGGACUGCCUCGUCCUGGUGGCGUCGGUGCCCAACGAGAUCGCCAGCUACUACCUGGUGGGCAACCAGUGGCUGUGGGGCGACGUGGGCUGCGCCGCCUUCGUCUUCUGCCAGAACCUCGGCAUCAACGCCAGCGCGCUCAGCCUCGUCGCCUUCACCGUGGAGCGCUACAUCGCCAUCUGCAGGCCGCUGCGGGCGCACGCGCUGUGCUCGGUGUCGCGCGCGCAGCGCAUCUCGCUGCUGGCGUGGGCGCUGGCGGCCGCCUACAGCGCGCCCUGGCUGGCGCUGACGUCGACGCGGCCGCUGCGCUACCGCGGCCUGCCCGACCUGCGCGCCUGCGACUUCCGGCUGCCGCGCGCCCACUACCUGCUCUACUUCUUCUGCGACCUGCUCGCCUUCUACGUGGCGCCGCUGCUGCUGUCCUGCGUGCUGUACGCGCUCAUCGCGCGCGCCCUGUUCCGCCGCGGCGCCUCCCGGGGCAUGCUGCACUGA